AUGGCCGGGGAAGCUAAUUUGUCCAAAGGGUCUUUCGGCCGGUUCAGCGGAGCGUGCCGUAUCGUAUCGAAUACACAGCCCUUCCAACCCGCCGCCGCCGUAAGUUCUAUAGUCGGACACGCCGCACACAAUAAAGACGCGACUGUGACGACCGAAGCGUACGGAACAAGUCGUGUCCGCUAUUGUGUGCGUGUGUGUUUGAUACCUGGUCACAACAAACCCAAUUUUCCCGGCUGCCAUUUACCCGUCCCCCGGGGGCCGGAGGAUCGCACCCCCUCGCCCGGCGCCGUCGUCUCGUCCCGAAACAUCGCGUCAUCCGGCGGCAAGACCGCGGCCCCCUUUGUGUACGCCGUUUUCUUCCGAGCCUCCGGGCUGACCGUCCGACCGGAAGUCGCCCGAGUGUAUAUAUAUAUACAAACACGCUCCUAA